AUGAGUUAUAUACAACUACGCGCGCUUCCCCGACUAUCGCCGGCAUCUCUUGUCCUCCGCCCCUCUCCCCGCAUACAGACACAGAUCACUCGGCUCUACGCCACGCAAAGCAACAUAGUCUUGUCCGACGAUGGGAGAGUCCAGUGGGGCGAUUUAAGUCGAGGAGAGAAGGUUGCGCGAACAACGCAACAAUCCUUCAACUUCGUUAUCGUGUUGGCUGGAGCAGUACUGACGGGCGGAGUCUUCACACUUUUCUAUCUCGAGGUUUUGUCACCAAACAGCAAGACAUGGCAAUUUGAAACAGCGGUAGGGCGCAUUAAAGAUGACCCCGAGUGUAUAAAAUUGCUCGGUGAUCGAAGAGAGAUCAAGGCAUAUGGCGAGCAGACCUCGAGCCGGUGGGCACGGAACAAGCCUAUUGCGUCAUCAGCUGAAAAGGAUCGACUGGGCCGUGAACACCUUCGCAUGCAUUUCCAUGUCGAGGGCCCUCUCAACUCCGGCGUGGUCAUUGUGCAUAUGAUGAAGCCUUUGGAUAAGAGCUAUUUCGAGUAUCAGCUUCUCGCGCUAGAUGUGAAAGGGCACCCCCGCAUCGUCCUUGAGAAAGCCUCAGAGAAGGCUAAUGUGACUAGCGCCUUAAAGCUUUUUGGUAUCCAGUGGCGCUGA